GUUGCUAACUUUAAUUAUUUUCAUUCCCACACUUCAUCAGUGUAGUCUUCGUUCUCGCCUGAGUAGGAUCAGCUGAAAAUUAUAAUAAGUUCUUAAAGUUUUUCAUAAGCAGAAAACGAAGACAGUUGAUGCAAUAAAGUCAAGUUCGCAAUCGAAUAUUUUGCUUUUCAACUUGAAUUGAUAUUAUUGUUGAUAUCUAAAUAUAAAAAAUGAGUGACGAUCAGGAUUCUUAUGACCCAUGCGAGUGCGUUUUCUCUCACGAAUUUGCAAUGAGACGGCUUUUAAAUUUGCUGAGACAUGGACAAAGUGAAUGCACUGAUUACGAAUGCAGGGAUUUAGUGACUCCUCAAACUGUCACUGUUAGUCCGAGUUCCGAUUCAUCUGAUAACUUCACAUUCAUGAUAUUUAUGAUGAUUGCUGCUGUGAUUUUGUACCUAAUCAGACCGAAUUCCUUACGCAGACGUGACGAAGGCUUGAACAAAACAUCAAGAGAUGACCAUCCAUCAAGAGAUGACCAACCCCCAACAGCUAACUGAUGAAUUAACACGAGACAUUGAAAUAUUUCAAGCAGGGCCUGAAAGUUUUUAGUUUAACAAUUUUCCAAGAUCUGCACAUUGAAAACAAAAUCCAAUAAGUUUCUUUUAAAACUUUCAGUUGUUCCCUGACAAUUUACUUCCACUAGACAACAUCAUCAACAACAUUCUAAACCUCCUUGGAAUCUUAAAGUUCCUCUAAUAGAAACUAAAUAUUUUCUUAUUGUUUUUCAAUAGAAAUUUGCUGUUUAAUUUUAUUUCUUCUUCUCUAUUUUUUUCUUUCUCCAAUUAUCUAAGAUAAUCUUAAAAUUAAAAUUAACAUAACUUGCAUAAAAAUUAUAAAAGAAAGAUGUAUUUAAAUGCAAUUAAUUAUAAUUAUUUUUUAAUUAACCCUUUUAUUUGAAAUUUAGCAUUCAUUGUGUGUUUCUGUAGAUGAAUUAUUUAUCAUUGUCAAAAGCGAAACUUUCAAUAUUGAAAGUCAAGUCGGCACACAAAUCAAAGUGAAAUAAAUUUUUUCUAUCAAUUCAAUUUCAUAAAUUUUGUCAUUCUUUGUGAUGAUCUUUUUGAAAGAUUCGAACCUUCUUGAUGAUUGUUUUCAUCUUCUCAUACUUUCCCGUUGAUUCAGAGAGAUUCUCAAAAUUAAUAACAUCACAGACUCCUUCUUGAAACUUUUCACCAUCAGGUAGGGAAUUGCAACCACUAAAUGAAGGCAGUACUGGACAUCCAUAAAUGGUCGCGUCAACUAAUCCGGUUCUCUCUUCUCCAUUUGAUAUUUGAUGCGAUGAGUUUUUUGCACAAUUAUCUCGAUUCUCAUUUUCACUAUUUUCAAUGAUUGUCUCCUUCAUGUGAUUUUGUUUUGAAAUUAUUAUUUGUGACGACAUAGUUGGUGUGAUGUUAACAGAUGACGACGAUUCAUGAUUGACAAUUUCAUUUUGAUUUAAUGAUUCGCAAGAAUCAUCUUUAAUUUCUCCGUCUUCCAUUGGCUCGGAAUCACACAUGGAAUUGUCACCAGGUAUUGGUGGCUCAGGAGAUGAAGUAACAGGGAAUGGUGGAUUCUCUUCAUCAGCAUCAUCUUCAAGAUCCAUGUCAGCAACCCCAUCUGAAGUUUUAUUGUCUUCGUUUGUGUCCACAAAAGAUAACGAUUGAUUAAGUUUUGUUUUCUUAUACCCAUUAACAACAGCUUCGCCUAGAGAUUGAAUAAAUUCAUCUUUGGAUUGUUGUAGAUUCAUUGGCGGUACUUCGUACAUUCUAAACAUGUCAGCAAAUGGUUUUUCAGGAGAAACGUUGAAUCCAGGAAAAUCAUAAAUUUUCUGUAAAUCAUAUUUGAAGUCGCUUACAUCCGUUUCGCCUAAAUCUUCAUCAGGUUGCAGUUGCUUCAAAUUUCUAUCAACAAACAUUGAUAACCCGCUGUUAUGAAUUUUGGAUUCUUCAAUCCAACCUGGAGGAUAGUUGAGCAGUCGCAUACGAUAAACAUGAAGCGGAAUUUCGUUAGACUUCAAUCCUAAUGCUGUUUUCAGUUCAUCGCUUAUCUUUCCAGGAAUCAAAUGUCCAUAUUCAUUAUCAUUAUCAUUGUGAUAACGUAAAUCACGUUUGUUAAAUUCAUUCCUUGCUUUGUUCACUUUUUUCAUAUUACGAGGCUCAGGACAAUCUCGUAGUGAAUGAUUCUCUUUAUCGCAAUUGAAGCAUAUAUUUCUCGAUGGUGAAUUUGUUAACUUCUUUGAAGAAUCUUCUUUUAUUCCAGUUAAUAUUGUUUUUCCAAACGAUGAUCUGUAAGUUGGAGUCGAUUCAGCUUCUUUUACAUUUUUACUGUUUGGAGUACUAUCUAUGAGAAAUCCAUCACUUUUUUUAACAACCUUCUCAGAUAUCUGAAUCCGAUUGUUUGACAUAUCAUCGUGAAUGUUCAUAUCAUCAAUCUUUGAUUUGUAAUAAUUUUUCACAAGUGCGAUGAAUUCUUCCUGGAAUGCUAGAUAUGUUUUACGAUUAUGGAAUUUGAUGUCAAUAAGCAUUUUUGACUGUUUGGGAUCGUCUUUUACUAUCGCAUCAUCCAAAAAUCCAGCUGAAAGUAUGGAUUUUACAGAUUCAAAAGUCAAUGACAUGACUUCAUUCCAAAAUUUAACACAAAAUUCAUAUUGCCGUCUGUGUCUCGAAUACUUUGACGAAAACGAAACGCAAAUUACAAUAAAUAAUCAAAUCAACAAUCAAUUUUUAGAAAUAACUCAAACUACACUCACUGCUUCGGAAAAUUACUCAAAAGUUAUUUGUGACAAUUGCUUCGAAUUAUUCAAAGAUUUUACGAUUUUGAGACGGAAAUUAAUUGAUAAUCAAAAGACGUUGAAAAAAAUUUAUAAUUCGCAAAAAGAAAAUAAAAAGAAAUUGAAAAGAGAUGAAAUAUUUACGAGCACGAAACUAGACUUUGAAAAAGGCGAAGUAAACCAAGAACUGACUGUUUCUGAUGAAGAUUUGGACGAGCUCAAUACCUUCGAAAAACUUAAAUUUCCUUAUCAGAAAAAUGAUAACAAGAAACAUGAACUAGAAGAAAGCGAAGUAAACCAAGAACUGACUGUUUCUGAUGAAGAUUUGGACGAGCUCAAUACCUUCGAAAAACUUAAAUUUCCUUAUCACAAAAAUGAUAACACGAAACAUGAUUUAGAAGAAGGCGAAGUAAACCUAGAACUGACUUUUUAUGAUGAAGACGAGACAACUACGAACGGAAAUCUUACCGCUGCUAAUGAUAUGAAGAUGUGCGGUAUUUGUGGUCUUUGGUGUGCUUCUAGUUCUUAUGAAAAUCAUUACGAAAGAGUUCACUUAAAUCAAAGAAAAUAUUUUUGUGACCAUUGUGGACAUUCAGCUUUCUAUAAACAUCAUCUUAUUGAUCAUACCAGAGCUCACCUUAAAAUCAGACCUUUCAGUUGUCACAUAUGCAGUGCAACUUUUACAUUCAAGCAGAAUUUGAAACGACAUUUGGCAAUUCACGUAGGCGAUUUUGUUUGUAGCAUUGAUGGUUGCUCUACUGGUUUUAAUUCUAAAUAUGCAUUGAAUCUUCAUAAAAAGAAAAAUCAUGAAAGUUUUCGUUGCAAAUGCAAAAGGAACUUUUCAAAUAAAUUCAUGCUAAGUCAACACCAAGAACAACCUUGUGACAAUAAAACUUGUCAUGUGUGCGGAAAAAGUUUCGUUACUGUAAGAAAUUUGAAGAUACAUUUAGAUAUUCAUCAAUCUCCGAAAUUUCACUGUGAGAUUUGUAAAAAAAAAUUUCAUGGACAAGAAACUUUAAAAAUGCAUAUAAAAAAUAUGCACAAUGAUUGCAAGGAGUUUCAUUGUCAAUAUUGUGAUGCUGAGUUUGCUAAGAAGGCAUCAUUGGAGAAUCACAUUCGUGUAGUUCAUUUAAAGCAGAAAUUGCCUUGUAAAGUUCGCGGUUGUAAUGAAAGUUUUUCGCAUAAAGGUCUUUUCAAAAAACAUAUUUUGGCAUUCCAUUCUGAUCUUGGACAAACAGAAGUCAAUCGAUUAAUGGAUGAAAUCAAAACAAUGCAAUUUACAUUCAAAGAUGAAACAGAAAAUCAAAUGAACAAGACUGACUGUGAAUAA